AUGUCGGUCUCUCCUCCCCACGAGCCCCAGCCUUUGCGGGACCGGACCCCGGAACUCACCUCUAAACGUGAGAAGCGUCAUCGCGAGGAUGACGAUGAUGAUCGUGACAGGACCAGACGCCGAAGCCAUCGCCACGACGAUGAACGCGACUACGAGCGCGAAGACCGAGACCCUGAGGACCGCAGACGUCGCCAUUACGACUCUGACGAGGAGCGCGACCGCGAGCGCCGCCACCGCCGCCGCGAGCGCGAGAGCGAUGAUGACAGACGCAGAUCUCGUGACGACCGUGACGACAGGAGCUACAGCCGCGAGCGCAGCGGACGCGACCGCGACCGUGAACGCGAGAGGGACAGGAGUCGCCACGACGAUCGCCGCGAGCGCGAUCGCGAUGAUGACGAGCGGAGCCACCGCAGCAGUAGGCGUGACCGUGACCGCUCGGGCUCCCGCGACCGGGACCGUGAGCGUGAACGCCGCCACCGUGACGACAGAGACUCCGAACGUGCACGCGUCCGUGCUAUGACUCGAGAGGAGAAGGAGCGUGAGCGUGAGCGCCGCGACCGUGAGAUGAUGGAAGAGCGUCGUGAAGCCGCUCGCCGGGAAGGAGUGAGUGUACCAUGGCGGUCCCUUGAGCUGACGUUGCAGCGCGAUUACCACUCUCCCCGCCGCCGUCGCGGCAGCUCUGCGCGCGAUGAGGCCGCUGACCUCCUUAACGAGGUGGACUCCGAAGCUCGCUCCGUAUUUGUUUCGCAACUGGCUGCGUCACUCAAAUCCUCAGAUCUAGGCUUAUUCUUCGAAGACAAGCUGGGCCCACGCACCGUCCGCGACGCGCGCAUCAUCAACGACCGCCACUCUCGCCGUUCUAGGGGCAUCGGGUAUGUGGAACUGGCUUCGACCGAUCUGGUUAGUAAGGCACUUGCUCUCUCAGGAACUAUCGUUAUGGGCAUCCCGAUCCUCGUGACCCUCACCGACGCGAGCAGCAACCCCGACGGCAUGAACCUCGGAGCCAUCCUCGCUACCCUGAAGGCUGAGCGCCGUGAGCGUCGUGAGCGUAUCCAGCAGCGCCGCUUCCCCCCACUUAGCCCAGGUUUGCAGCACCGCCUCGGUGUCGACGUCAAUGCGCACGCCGAGGCGGCUCUGCCCUACCACCGUCUUUUUAUCGCCGACCUCGCCGAGGUUCUAAACGCAGAAGACAUUCGUCAAGUCUUUGAGCCAUUCGGUGAGAUUGAAUUCGUGGACUUGCACACAGAUGUGACUGGCACCAGCAAAGGAACGGCCUACAUCCAAUUCGCCGAACUCAACUCCGCUCAGAUGGCUCUCGAUGCGAUGAACAAUUUCGAGCUUGCCGACAAGACGAUCAAGGUCAUGAGCGUCGACCCGCCCCGUGCGCCGCGUAUUGAGGACGAGGAGCGUGGCGGCGGUAAUGGUCGCCGUGGCGGACGUCUCGAUGCUCAGGGCCGCAUGGACCUAAUGUACAAACUCGCCCGCCGCGAGAACCCCGACGAUUCGUCGCGCUCGCGCGCCCCCGCCCCUCAGCAGCAGGAGCGUGCUCGCCCCACAACUUUCCUACUCGUCAGCAACAUGUUUAACCCCGACGAGGAGACCGAGCGCAACUGGGACAUCGAUCUCGCGGAUGAUGUCAAGGUGGAGGUUGAGAACAAGUACGGACACGUUGCUCGCAUCAAGGUCGACAAGAUGAGCAACAAGGGUGAUGUCUACAUCGAGUUCAAGGACAUUGACGGAGCUGAGCGUGCCCAGCGCGGAUUGCAGGGACGCUUCUUCGGAGGGCGCUCUCUUACUGCCCAGUACAUCAACGAGGGCCUUUUCAAGAGCCACAUGUAG